AUGCGCACGCCUCAAACACAGACCGCCGCCGUAGUUGAGCAGUUUGGCAAGCCAUACGCGUUCAAGCAGAUCCCAUUCCCGAAGGACCCCGAAGGACAUGAUAUUCUCAUCAAGGUCCUCGCUGCUUCAUACUGUCACACAGAUGCCGUCUUCGCCGCUGGCCUCCUGUCGCAGAACCUCCCUCGUAUCGGAUGCCAUGAGUUCGCGGGAGAAGUGAUAGCGCUCGGGCCAAGUGUCUCAACUCAUCGCGGAAUUGCAAUAGGCAUCAAGGUUGGAGUUCCAGGCAGGGCGUACCAUCCAUGCGGUACCUGCUUUGAGUGUACGCACCCGGGCCAGGAUGAUAUGGGAUACUCUCCCUACUGCCCCAGUGCUGGAAACUUGGGAUUGACCAGAGAUGGUGGUUUCCAAGAAUAUUGCCUUGUAGACAGCCGACAAGUCGCAGUCCUGCCCGGGAGUUUGCCACCAACCCAAGCAGCACCAUUAAUGUGUGCUGGCCUCACCAUCUGGAGCGCGCUUCAGCAUGAGAGAGUGCAGAACGCUCAGCGAGUUGGGAUCAUUGGCGCUGGGGGUGGACUGGGUCAUAUUGGUGUACAGUUUGCAGCUCACCUCGGCAAGGAGGUUCUGGCCAUCGAUGCCACAGAUCAGGCACUUGACCUCAUCCAGAAAGUAAAGAAAAGCCUUGGAGAGGUCGGAAAGAGUGUCUUCAUCUCAGAUGCCCGCAAAGAAGACUCGGAGGUCCUGAAAGAGAUGCUUCGGCCUGCCAGCGACGCGCCACCUACUGAAGUUGGGCUCGACGCAGUCAUCCUUCUCCCCGAGUCGCAAAAGGCAUUUGACACAGGCAUGAAGCUUCUGAAGAACCACGGGACCAUGGUCGUCGUGAGCUUCCCAAGCGAGAAGCUCCAGGUCAGCGCACACGACCUCGUCUUCCGGGACAUUGCCGUAGUUGGAAGUCUAGUCGGAAGAAACCACCAACUCCGAGAGAUGCUGUACUUUGUUGACCAGAACGGAAUACGGGUACAUACCAAGACGUUUGCCUUUGACCGAUUAAAUGAGCUAAGAGGACCUGAGCAUCAUGCAGACGGUGGAAAGUUAGUUAUCGAUAUGACUCUUGAAAGAGCUAAUUAG